CAGCCAGAACGCAGGGCUGUCAGUGCUCGUCCAGCCAGGACCCUCGACCAAGUGCUCCGGUGCUAUGGCCGCCCCUGCGCAGCUGCAGGCUCUUCUCAAGGCUGUCAACACUCUGCUGCGCAAGCGCCGCUACCAUGCUGUGUUGGCCUUGCUUAAGGGCUUCCGGAACGGGGCUGUCUAUGGAGUCAAAGUCCGAGCACCUCACGCACUGGUCAUGACCUUUCUCUUCAGGAGUGGCAGUCUCCAAGAGAAACUGCAGGCCGUCCUGAAAGCCACGUACACCCACUCUCGGAACCUGGCCUGCUUUGUGUUCACCUAUAAGAGCCUCUGUGCACUCCAGUCCCAUGUGCAAGGCGAGACCCACCAGAUGCACUCUUUCCUGGCUGCCUUCCUCGGGGGCCUGCUACUGUUCGGGAAGAACAACAGCGUCAAUAGCCAGAUCAACAUGUACCUGUUGUCACGCCUCGUGUUUGCCUUGUGCCGCCUUGGCGUGGAGAAGGGCUACAUCCCUAAACUCAGGUGGGACCCAUUCCCCUUGCACACGGCGGUGAUUUGGGGGCUUGUGCUAUGGCUGUUCGAGUAUCACCGGCCCACGCUACAGCCCUCGCUACAGUCCUCCAUGACCUACCUCUACGAGGACAGCAACAUUUGGCACGAUAUCUCUGACUUCCUCAUCUUCAACAAGAGCAGCCCCUCCAAGUAACACAGCCCGAGGCACUAAAGGAACUCCUCUUCGCAGACAGCUUCCGGGCAGUGUCCAGCCACUGCCCAGAGUAUGGUUCUAUUGACACACCCUCCUGGAGAAUCCUGCCUUCUCAAAGCCACAGGACUCACACUCCAACUUGUUUGAUCCCAACCAGGGUUCCAUUUCUGAAACAACAGCCCCGAGUUUCCACCCUCCAGGUACUUUUGGAUAGCACAUGUAGCAAGGGGCAUGCUAAGGAGUCUGGGGCUUGACUCCCGCUGCUAUUCCGACUCCAGUAAGGUCAGGGAAAGCGUCACCCUCUCUGGGCCUCAGGUCAUUCAACAUGGGGUGGGGGACCAUUAGAGGAGAGUUUCUUCCUGGUGGGUGUGAUAACCCUCCUCUGUGCUGUGUAUCAGAGGGCUCUUUGCUAGUGGGCAACAGUUACAGAUACCUUGGGAGGGGGACUAAACCCUUUGUCUAAGGUGUGCCAUUGAGGAGUUCCAGGGCCCCAUUGUCCAAUAGGAACACAACAGCCAUAUGUGCAAUUACGAUUUUUCAAGAGCUGAGGGAUAGCUUAGAGGGACAGCACUUGCUAAGCUUGUGUGAGACCCUGGAUCCUAUCCCCAGCACUCAGAAUAAAACCUCUAGUGGCCACAUUUUUAUAAAGUAUUAAGAAGGCUGCAGCAGUAGGUUGUGAGUUCCAGGCCAGCCUGGGGUACAUAAGAAAACUCUGUCUCAAAAAAAUGAGGGCUAAGGCAAUGGCUCAGUGAGUAAAGGCGCUUGCUGCCAAGCCUAGUGACCUUAGUUUGAGCCCUGUGUUCCACAUGGUGACAUGGGGGAAGAGGGGAAGAAAGAACCAGCUCCUGCAAGUUGUCCUCUGACUGCCACAUGUGUGCCUUGACAUGUAUGUGUGCAUGCACACGCACAUGCACAUAUACAAUAAAUAAAAUGUAAUAAAAAAUUUAAUAACAUGUAAAAUAAAUCUUAACAAUAUAUUUUGCCUGCAUGUAUGGCUGUGCACCAUGUGUGUGCCUGGUACCAGUGGAAGUCAGAAGAGGGAGCCGGAUCCCUAGGAACUGGAGAAAUGGAUGCUGUGAGCUACCGUGUGGGUGCUGGGAACGGAACCCUGCUACACGGGAAGAGCACUAAGUGCUUGUUUGUUUGUUUGUUUGUUUUUUGAGACAGGGUUUCUCUGUGUAGCCCAGGCUGUCCUGGAACUCACUCUUAUAGACCAGGGUGGCCUUGAACUCAGAGAUCCGACUGCCUCUGUCUCCCGAGUGCUGGGACUAAAGGUGUGCACCACCACUUGGCAUACUAAGUGCUCUUAGUCACUAAGCUAUCUCUCUAGCCUCAGAUUGUAAUCAUAAAUUUUAAUUUAAUAUUUCCAAAAACCUUCUCUUUGCAACAUAUAUUAAUAUAAAGGAUUAAUGACAAACUUUCUUGUAUUACAUCUUCAAUGCUGGCAGUGUGUUUUACAUGUAUCAAGUAAUACAUCUAUCCUCACGGAAGAUUCCAGUAGACACUGAAAAUGUAGAGCUAAAGACACCAUCCGAGCCCAGCAGCGCCGCUGUGACACAUCCCUGGGGAAGGCUCUCCCCAUCUCAGCACUUCAAGGUUUCCUAAGUGAGGAUAAGCACAGUAGCUCAGUGUCCACAUUGGACGCUUUACGGCGACACUGUUGCCACUGCCAGCAGAGCCUCCACAUGGCUAUUUCAGCUUCCUCCUGACUGCUGUGCGCGUUACUGUUUUCGGUCCGUACAGUCACCUUGCAAGGCUGGGUGUUGAUCCAUGUUUUCCAGAUGUGGAAAUUGAGGGUCAGAGAGGAGAUAACAUGUCCAAAAUAACAUGGCUGCUAAGACAUGGCCAUGUCCGAAUUUGAACCGUCUGCCUGAUUUCAAAACCCGUGUGCCUUUUAUUUUUCGGCGCCUUGCUUUGAACCUAGAAAUCCUCAACCGUGUUUUGCAAUCAUUGGUUAUAGGACAUGGUGUCUGAAACCAACCAGAUGCAUACAGGAGCUCUCGGUGGCAUAAGUGGAACUUCUUGGGGGUGCCGUGCCAUAGGGGGAAAUAGGUCACAGUGACCUGGAGAGUCGUGUGGCAGGCAGAAUUUUUAAAACAGAACUCUCAGAAAAACCUGGUCCAGAGGCUGUCAAUCUGAGACCCUUGGUUUAGUGCAAUAUACUACUUGGGCGGCCGGAGAGAUGGCUGCUCUUCCAGAGGACCCAGGUUCAGAUCCCAGCACCCACAUGGUGACUUACAACCACCCCUAACUCAAGUUUCAGGGGACCCAAUGUCCUCUUCUGGCCUCUGUGGGCACCAGGCAUGCACAUGUGGUACACAUGCAAACAUGCAGACAAGGCACUCACACACAUAAUAUAAAAUAAAUAAACUUAAAAAAUAAAUUAUUUCUAACUUGCCCUCCCCUCCUGUUUUUAUGUAUUUGGAAUGACUAGUGGAAAUCUGUAGGUGUAGAUUCUGGCUAGGCGUAGACACACACACCUGUAUUCACAGCUCUUGGGAGGUGGAGGCAAGAGAAUAGGAGUUCAAGGUUAUACUACUUGCUAUGCAGCAAGUUGGAAACAAGCCUGGACCAUGUGAGACCCAUCUCAAAAACAAAACAAAACAAAACAAAAAACCAGACAAAUGGGUACAAUACACAUUCUGACUGAGGGGUAUGGAAUAGGUCCAAGUGUCUGGCUGUCCUACGAGUCCCCCACACUGUGGGUGCUGUGCUGUGAGCCCCAGCCUGAGUGCUGAGGGAAUGGCGAGAGGCAGAUUUGAGCAUUGUUAUCCUGGGAAGCUCUGAGGUAGCGGAGGUGCCUUCUGUCUGACUCCCCGGUACUCUCAGCUGGAGCUCACUGCACGCUCAGAGCAGACCACUUGGAGGAGCUUCUUAUUGGGCUUACUCUGAAGAUGAACAACUCGAGACUGGGGGGAGGCCGACCUUCGGCAGGCGGGUUUAGCCUAGCAGAUGGUGGGGAGCCUUGCCGUUCUUCCUCUGUGCUCAUCCACUCCUGUGCCUCCUGUCUGAGGGCUCCCACCACACCCCUCCAUACACUGUGCCGAUUUCUAGACCUCCAGGAUUGUCCUCCGGGUUCCCACGGUGGACAACAUCUCCCUCAUGCCUCAGCCGUUGCAUCCUGGGACCACUUCGCAUUGAAACCAUUGCACUCAAAUCCUCGCCUUGGGGUUUAUUAUCCGGGAAACCCAAAUUAAAAUUGACCACUGGUCAGCAGGUUGAGAGGCAGUAUACAUGGUUGCAAGGGACAAGGGCUUUGAAAGCAGCAUUUCCAGGCUUGAGGCCCAACCUAUUGGUGAUGUGGCCAUCUGUGCCUCAUCUGUAAAGGAGGCCUUGUGACGAUCCACGCCUCGUGGUGUCUGAAGGGAUUAAGUGAUACGUGUCAAGUGAGCAUUCAAUAAACAUUGCUCUUAUUUCCAGUAGAACAAACGCAGGAGGAAGCUGGUUGAAAGAAAUAAGUGUGCCCUGUGUUUAGCCUGCCCUUCUCCCCAGCCAGCCUUGGCCUCCUGCCCCGACAUCCCCCCCUCUGCUGUUGGGGGUGGCCUGCUCCACCGCCGACUGGCUCUGCUCUCUAAGAAUAGGCUUCCCUCGCAGAUGGCAUCUCUCUGGAUCUUGCCAGAGCAUCUGGUGCCUCCAACUGCACACUCCAGGGAGGAAGGCGGGGUGGUCCCCACAGAGAGGAGCAGAACCUGUCUUCAGCAGUUUUGGGAAGAGCCCAGCUUCACUCCUUCCUAGCUGAUCCUCCAUUUAUAUGAUCUGUAAGGAUUGCCAAGGGGCCAUUGGCACACAGGGAGGAGCUACUGCCGUUUCUGAAUGUGACUUCCAGAAACAGCAUAGUAGAUUAAUCUGUAAUUACUGCCUGCUACAUUUGUAUGAAGUCUUUUGACCUGCCAGACUUAAAAAAAAAAUAUCUUAUUACUUAAUUAACUUUCACCCUUUGCGGGGGGCUCUUAGUUUUGUUUUCUAAAGACAGGGCAUCAUGUAGCCCAGGCUAGCCUCCAAGUCAGUGUUCACUGACACUGGCCUUGAACUCCUCAUCCUUCUGCCUCCACCUCCUGAAUGCUGGGAUUGUGAGUAUGUAUCACCACGACAGUUUCCCUCGGUAGCCCAGGCUGACCUGCAGCUCCCUGGGUAGCCUAGGUUAGGCAUGGUGGUAUAUUCCUGUACCUUCCUGUAAUCCUCACUUUUCGAAGGCAGGGACUAGCACUACCCGAGAGAGCAGUACUCUCUCUCAAAAAAUGCCCCCCCCCACUUAGUAUAAUACUCAGAGGUGGUGCACUCAUUUGAUCCCAGCACUUGGGAGGCAGUGGCAGGCCAGUGAGUUUGGAGACCACCCGAUCUACAUAGUAAGUUCCAGGCCAGCCAGGGCUGUGUAAUGAGACCCUGUCUGAGACAAAACAAACCAUCAAGCUGUAUAAUGGGGAAAGUCAGACUCUCUCCUAUACCUAAGCUCAGUCCUGGCUCAGGGGUUGAAAGCACCGGCUGUUCUUCCAGAGGACCCAGGUUGAUUCCCAGCACCCACAUGACAGCACACAACUGUUCUAUCAAUUCCAGGGCAUGCAACACCCUCUUCUGGCCCUCUCAGGUACUACAUGCACAUAAAAGCAGGUAUAAAAGCAGGCAUACUCUCCCUACAUAUAAAACACAUACCCAGAUUUUUCUUCUACCAAAUACCAUACUUAUGUCUGUGGGCCAUGUUGUCCCAGAGGCCAUGUUGAUCCCUUGACCUGUGCCGCCACUAAGGACUAAUAUGUUGAUGUUUGUGGGCUGUACAACCACAGAAGACCAUGCUGAGGUCUGUGGCCAUGCUAACUACGGAGACCAUGUGCGUGGCCAUCGUCCGUGCUAUUGCAAGAAACCACGUGGAAGUCCAUGAUUCGUUCUCCCGGUGACUGGAAAGGGCAGGGACGCCUCUUCUGCAGUGCUAACAAUGACUGCAGACGCACAGUUGAGAAAGAGACAUAGAAGGCUUCCGUGACAGCCUCCUCCCCACCCCCACUCGCCUUUAAUCCCAGCACUCAGGAGGCAGAGGCAGAGGGAUCUCUGUGAGUUUGAGGCCAGCCUGGUCUACAAAGUGAGUUCCAGGACAGCCAGCACUGUUACACAGAGAAACCCUGUCUCGGAAAACUAAGAGAAAAUUGUGAUAAGGAUGCUGAAGUGUAGCUCUCCAUAACCAAUGUCAGGGGUUUGGGUGGGGAAGGACUCAGUUUUUGUUUGGGGGGUUUUGUUUGUUUGUUUUUUUGAGACAAGGUUUCUCUGUGUAACAGUCCUGGCUGUUCUGGAACUUACUUUGUAGAUCAGGUUGGCCUGGAAUUCACAGAGAUCUGCCUGCCUCUACUGAUAUUAAAGGGGUACGCCACCACGCCCUGCAAGGAGU